GGGCAGGAGGAGGGUCGCUGCACGGGGGUCGGUGAGAGCCGCCGUUCCCGCCCACGCCCCGGGCCCGCUGCCCCAGGCCGGGCCCCGCUGCCUUGCGCUGCGCUGAAGGGAGCGGAGUAAACGCAGCGCGCGUCGCCGUGCGGAGCGUAGCUGCAUCCCAAAAGUUGUCACUGCCCUCGCGAGCCUCUUGCCAGCAGAGCCCCUGAAGUCUGUGGAAAAACUCGUGUCCCUUCCUUGCCAGAGGCCAGGCGCCCAAGCGGGAUAACAUACCUUCAAGUUCUGUUGCUGAUCUUCUGGAUGCAUGGUGAUUCAGGCCACCUGGCAGGUGGUGUAAGAACAGGAUCUUCUUACUGAAUAUUUCUGUACAUGCGGUUGAAAUUGUAUCUGGUCUCUAAACAAAAUGAAUUUCAUUACAAGGCUUUCUGCUUUCUGUCUGAGAAAAAGCAAGAUGCAGCAGAGGCACCAAAGUAGUAGACGCCCAGCUGUUCCACUUGGAUCACGGAUUUUAACUGAUCCUUCUAAAGUUUUUGAGCAUAAUAUGUGGGACCACAUGCAGUGGUCACAAGAAGAAGAGGAGAAUGCCAAGGAAAAAGUGGCAGAGAACUCACUUGUGAAAGUCCAAUGGGAAGAUCAAGAUAAAUAUGAGAGAGAAGCUAGCAAAUAUUGGAAUGAAUUUUACAAGACUCAUAAAAAUAAUUUUUUCAAGGAUCGCAAUUGGCUGUUUCUAGAGUUCCCAGAAAUUCUUCCAGAGAAAAGGAGACAAGAGUUGAAAACAGAAGAAAGAUCUUCAGAACACACAAAAAUAAAUAGUACCAACAGUUUUUUACACAAAAAUGAAAUGUUUGAGGAAGGAGAAAAAUAUUGGAAGAAAAAUGAUGGAGGUGGUUCUACUGCUGUACAAGGAUAUGUAUAUAAUAAAAAGCAAGAAAAAUCUCCUGCUGACAAUCCUCAGGGUAAAGUCUGUGGAGGAGAACUUGGCAGGCUAGAAUCCUUCCCUGGUAGUGAUGCCACUUACAGAAUAUUAGAGGUUGGUUGUGGUGCUGGGAACAGUGUCUUUCCUAUUUUGAAAGUUCUAUGCAAUAUACCCGGAACCUUUCUGUACUGUUGUGAUUUUGCUUCAGGAGCAGUGGAGCUGGUAAAGUCACAUUCAUCCUACAAUUCAGCCUGGUGUUCUGCCUUUGUUCAUGAUGUGUGUGAUGAUGCUUUACCCUAUCCUUUUCCAGAUGAGAUCCUGGAUGUCAUUCUCCUUGUCUUUGUGCUCUCUACAAUUCAUCCUGACAGGAUGCAAGGGGUUGUAAAUAGGUUGGCUAAACUACUGAAGCCUGGAGGAAUUUUGUUAUUUCGAGACUAUGGAAGAUAUGACACAGCUCAAGUUCGUUUUAAAAAAGGUCGUUGCUUGUCAGAAAAUUUUUACGUACGAGGAGAUGGAACCAGAGUGUAUUUCUUUACCAAAGAUGAGGUAUGGAACAUGUUCAACUUGGCUGGAUUGACUGAAGUACAGAAUUUAGUUGAUCGGCGAUUACAAGUAAACAGAAAGAAAAAAGUGAAAAUGCAGCGAGUUUGGAUACAAAGCAAGUUCCAAAAACCAUUGCUGCUAUCUCUGAAUAAUCCUGAAGAAACCACUCAAAGGCACCCUUACAGAUAAUUGUACCAUGAACUCCAGAAACCGGAGCAAAUUUGACAAAACCAAGGCAGGUGCUUGUGCAGUUAUCCACAAAUCACUGAAUCUGAAGAGGACAACCAAAAUGCAGGGCAGAUGGGGAGACAGCGGGAACCCUAGUGACACUAGGGUGAAGUUUCUUGUAUUGAAAACUGCUGUUU